AUGCCACCGAAGGCAAGAGCACCACUUCCGCCCGGCGAUGCUGCGAAGGGCGAGAAGAUCUUCAAGGGCCGUGCGGCGCAGUGCCACACCGGCGCAAAGGGAGGAGCCAAUGGCGUGGGGCCCAACCUUCACGGGAUCGUCGGCCGCAAGUCCGGCACAGUGGAGGGGUUUGUGUACAGCAAGGCAAACCAGGACUCCGGUGUGGUCUGGACACCGGAGGUGCUGGACGUCUAUCUUGAGAACCCAAAGAAGUUCAUGCCGGGAACCAAAAUGGCCUUUGCUGGCAUUAAGAAGCCGCAAGAGCGCGCUGACCUUAUUGCGUACCUUGAGUCGCUGCACUAG